AACAGGUUGCUGUUCCCGAAGGUCGCGAAGUUGGUGGAGUCACGGCCAACAUGCGACUUUUGGCUCGUAAGAGCGGUGGUGGAGGUUUGGUUCUUCCGUGGACUCAGGAUGAGUCCAUAUUGGAUGUUGAGGGUGGCUUGGAGGCAGACGCCGUAUGUGAGGGGGUGGACCACAACAUACCCGAGGAGGACCGCGAUGCGAAGGCGCAGCUGUGGCGGCAGGAUGCUUGUGGGUCACGACCACCGCCUCCCAUUGAGUAUGUGUUCGGGGUUCGGGCCGCCACUUUGAGGCCGUACCCGAGAGAUGACUCGAGUGGAGAUGAGCGCGAGGAGGCAGAUGAGGGUUUCCGCCCCCGCGGCGCUAGUGCUGCCCGACGUGCGGAGGACGACGAUGACGCUUGGAGUGACCCUAAGGAGGUUCGACGACGUAGUGGUUGCAGAGAUUUAAUCGAGGACACAGCUAGGGGCAGGUUUGGAGUCGAGGGAUGCUGGGACGGAUCAAGGAGCCCUCUUGUCGAGCCGAUUCCUCAUACCUCAUCGCCGACCGUACAUGGGGCAGAGGGGGACAUAGCGGGCAUGCGAGGAGCCCAUCAUAGAGAGGGUCCGACAGGCAAGGGCUCAUUAGCCAGCAGCGAGGAUUCGGAGGGGCGUGGAGGAGGUGUGAGGCUUUUGCGGCUUCGGAAGGUUCCGAAGGUCGCAAAGAGACAGCUCAUACAAGGUUCUGAGUCACCGCCGUCAUCUAGGGGUGCGACCGGUGCGGGGACAGGAGGAGCGGAGAUCGGAGACGCAGGACAUGAUCGGGACAUUGGGACGCUAGGCGCUUUACCUGGUAGUAGCACGGGUCACACGGAGCAGUUUGAUGAUGCCUAUCAUGAGGGGGUGCCACAAGAUGAGGUAGUUGGCGAUGGGGACCAUGCUUUGGAAUCAGCGUCCAUGCGCGAUUUCAUGGCCGAGCUAGAGGCCGCUCUUCCAUCCAUGACGGAGGGUGAGUCUACUGUUGCGCGACAGGCCGACGACGAGGAUGUUCGGCCUUGGCCACAGACAGUUGACAUGGGAGUGCCUGCACCCGACACCGAGGAGGAGCGGAUGGCUCGAGAGGCGAGGGAGGAUGAGGAGGAGGCCGCAAGGGCCAAGGCCCUAGCCGAUGCUGACCCACGCACACAGGCCAUGGCACGUGACAUGGAGGCCAUGCGUAAGUUAGAGACUGGGGGAGAAGGACUACGAGGCGAUGUGGCGGAGGAUGACCAGAUGGAGGCAGCUGGCCACAUUUCACAUGCGGCUCGAGAAAUAGACGACGAUGCACCACCGCCCGAUAUCGACAGCGCACCCAUCGUCCCGCCACCGCCUGAUGGAGAGGUGGACACCGUUGCAGUGCCACACGAGAGAGAGGCGUGCGGCGAGACAGUGGUUCAGUUCACUGUGGUGGAGGAUGAUGCUGCUCAGGCGGUGGCCCCUCAGAUAGUCGAUGGUGUAGAUACGACUUUGCUGGGAAAUCCAGGAGCGGUACCGGGGGGAGACGUGAAGGAUGAGGAGGCAGAUGGGAGUCCAGCGGCGGUGGGGGGAGAUGUAGAGACAGGGAAGGACAGGGUUCGGGAGGUACAUGGAGAUGUGGGUGCACCCUCGACUAUACCUGGUUCACGCGAAGAGGAGGGAGCAGGAGUCAUGGCGUCACCGCCCAUUCGGCAUGAUUCACCGACGGCCACACUUCGACCACCCAGUCAGCGGUUGCGGCGUCGUCCACCUCAUUACGUAGAGCAGCCACGAGGCAGUUCGAUGUUCGGCGCGAUGACUGUCGAUGAGUUGGGCGCUUGCCUUGCGACAGAUCUCACUGAGACGAGACGGGGAGUGAGGAUCGGCUCAAAGAAAGGCAAAGCACUACUGCCACGCGUGCAGUCCGUUUCAAGGGGCCCUGCUAGCCCGACACCUCCAUCAGACGCUUCGGUAGCGGUGGGUGCCAUGGGAGUUGGUGCGGCGCAGUCCCCUCCCAGUGUGGCACGAGAUCGCGGGACACGACUUUCUGCGCCAACCUCAGCGGCAGGAAGGCCUUGAGAGCGUGGACAGGCGACAGAG